AUUAUGUAAGAUCUAGACGUGCAUGAGUCGGUCAGCAAUGGGUUUCUUAGCUAUUCUUAGUGCUUUGCUGGCAUUUUCUGCAGUCGUUACAUCAACUCCAACCGCUAGUCCAGUAUCAAUUGCUCUUUAUUACGAGAGUCUUUGUCCAGGAUGCAGAGCUUUUAUCAAGWCUCAACUUUAUCCUACGUACCGAAAGGUUGGGAAGAUCAUGGACAUCAUGCUAGUACCGUAUGGMAAUGCUGAGGAAUCUAAAGACGGUGAGGAGUGGAAAUUUAAUUGUCAACAUGGUCCAGCUGAAUGUGUWGGAAAUCUGAUCGAAACCUGUGCGAUAUCACUUCUUGUUAAUACAUCCUCGUAUUUUCCAUUCAUCCACUGUGUCGAGACCUCUAUUGGACACAAGCCUGAAAGUACAGCAGAACAAUGUGCCUCCCAACUUGGUAUUGAUUAUGCACCCAUUGAAAAGUGUGCAAGUGGACCGCAAGGRAACAAGUUGGAACAUGAAAUGGCCCUGAAGACAAAUGCCCUGGAACCACCYCAUCAAUAUGUGCCMUGGAUUACCAUGAAUGGCAAACAUACUAAUAGAAUACAAGACGAAGCUWCUUCAAAUCUAUUAAAACUUGUUUGUGAUAACUACAUGGGUACAAGACCUGCUGCUUGCCAAGAAUCUGAACGACCAUUUGCUAGCAAAUGUUAUAAGGAUUUUUGAUGAGAUGAGAUAUAAACAUACAAAGCAAUGUACAAAAAAAAAGUGAUUAGCUGUAGGACGGACAAGUAGAAUAAAGAAACAAUGAACAUGAUGGAUAAGGGAAAAAAAGACAAAUAACCCAGGCAUGUACAGAAAACAUCUGUUUUAUCAUCUAAACAUUUCAUAUAUAUAUUACAUACCAAUUGGUAAUUUUAUUUCCUUUUUUUGGAAUUUAUGAAGACUUCUUGUUGAUAAUUAAAAUUUUAAAUCCUCCCUUU